AUGGGUAGGGCUCUUGAUGUUGCGGUGAUUGGAGCAGGACCCGCGGGACUUGUUAUGGCACGAGAACUUAAAAGAGAAGGUCACAAUGUGGUGAUUUUCGAGAAAUCCGACCGAUUGGGAGGAAUUUGGGCCUAUGAUUCUCAAGUCGAGGAUGAUCCGAUGGGGAUCAACCCGAACCGACAAGAGAAACAUAGCAGUCUUUAUCGUGCCGUUAGGACAACUAUCCCUAAAGAAAUUAUGGGGUUUUCUGACUACCCCUUCACAGUCAAAGACAAAAAUGGCAUCCUCAAAGAAUUCCCUGGCCACGAAGAGAUACAUAAGUACCUUAACCAUUUUGCUCAAGAUUAUGACCUAAACCGGCUAACUCGGCUCAGAACCAAAGUGGUUCGGGUUGAGCAAACGACGGAGAAUGGACCGUGGACCGUCGGGUGGACGUCGGAAACCGAUUCGGACGAGGAAUUGUUCGAUGCAGUUGUCAUCUGUAAUGGUCACUAUAGUCAGCCCAAUGUAGUAGAGAUUCCAGGAAUCAAGAAAUGGCCAGGAACACAAAUCCAUUCUCAUAACUAUCGAGUUCCAGAGCCAUAUCAAGACCAGAGGGUAGUAGUGAUUGGUGAUGGAAUAAGUGCUCAUGACAUCUCACUAGACGUUUCUCAAGUGGCCAAAGAUGUUCAUAUUGUGUCUAGAGCUGUUGGUGUCGUGUCCGGGAUGAUAGACGAGUGUGACAACUUAUGGCUACAUCCGAAGGUACAAAUUCAUUAG